AUGACUUCUCCUAUCAAAAAGGCCGCCCAGCCCCAGCACGCCGCAUCCUUUGACCCGUGGAACUCAUCCUCAACCGGUCAUCAGCGGGCUGAAUCACGCCCCGGCACUGGCUGGCGUGAGUCCCGUAACCGCAAGCUCAAUAGCCAGUUCCGCAGUGGCUCAUCGGGCGGCGAACGUCUCAGCGACACAUACGGCGUUGGAUCAGAGGACUACGACGAGGAGCGCAAGGCACUUAUCCCGAAAGCAGCAAAGGAAAGAGCGCAGCGGAGCGUAAGGGAUAUGCUUGCCCAGCCGGGCAAAAUGCGGGAGAGUUUGGGCUUGAAGGAUGAGAUUCAGGGAGGAGGGGAGGAGGCACUCAUGGAAUCAAGACGACAGGAAGACGAAGCGCGCGAGGCAGCACUUUCGAAGAAAGGCAUAUUUGAUGGAGCCAUCAUCUACGUCAACGGGAGUACGUUUCCUCUCAUAUCGGAUCUCAAGCUGAAGCAGGUCGUAACCGAGCACGAGGCCAAAUGUCACUGCAUCUCGGACGUCGGAGAGUCACGCACGUUAUUCUCGGGAAGCCAGCCGGAGGACAUGUAG